UGGGGUUGUCUGCACGCGACACGAAGUCUGGCCAGCUGGAGCGCCCCACGUCGUGGCCCGGCCCUUCGCAGAGUCGUAGCCGGAGCAGGGAGGGUGUGGACCGCCCAAGAAGGUGGCCUGCCUCUGCGCGCGCGGUCCCGGCUUCGCGGCCCUGGGGCCAGCUGCGCGCCGGGGCCUCAUGGGCGCCGCCAGGUCCGCGUACGCCCAGCUGAUGGGCGCGCCGCCCGUGCUGAGAGCCUCCGACGGCGAGGCGGUCAAGCUGCCGCUGCUGUGGGGGCCCAGCGACCGCUCCGUCGUGGUGCUGCUCCGGCACUUCGGGUGCGUGUUCUGCUGGGAGCUGGGGCGCCAGAUGCAGCGGGAGCUGCUGCCAGCCAUGGGCCCGCUGGACGCCGACGGCAGCGCCAAGCUGGCCGUGGUCGGGAUCGGCUCGCUGGAGGCGGCCCGGGACUACGCGGACGCGCUGGGGCUGCCUCGGGAUGUGGUCUUUGCGGACGAGGGUGCCGUCACCCACAGGGCGGUCGGGACGGUGAACUCGGACUUCGAGGAGAACGCCCUGACGAGGGGGAAGCGCAUGCUGUCGAUGGAGACCUGGCGGGCCGUCGUGCGCCGGCGCGGCGGCCGGAGGGUCUCCAUCGGCCCCUUCGACGUGCCCGCGCUCGCCACCAACAACGACCUGGAGGCCGUGAAGCCCGGCGCGGGCAUCUACAAGGAGUACUCCCUGGAGGGCGACCAGGCGGCGGACCGGUCGCUGGUGCUCGGCGGAGCGCUCGUCUUCAACGGGGUCAAGCUGCUCAUGGCCCAUUACGACCAGGCCCCCGGCGCGCACGCGGACAUCGAGUGGGUGGUCGGCGCGGCAAAGGCGAGGGCGCCAGGGCAGCCGCAGAAGCUGCUUGCCGCGGAGGCGGACGCCGCGUCCACGGCGGCGGCGGCCGCGGCGCCUGACGCCGGCGCGGCCGCGCAGCCUGAGGCCGAGGCGCCGGUGGGCGCGUAGUAGGACUGGCUCGUCGUCUUGUGUUGCCUGGGGCGUUUCGUCUAGACACGCCCCCCGUUCGCCCCCCCCCCCCCCUUGCGACCGCCCUGCUACGGGGCGCCGGCGGUGUGCUGCUCAAGAGUUUAUCAAGUUCUCGGCCGCCGGCACACGAUGCUGCUGUGGAUGCGGUUGGUGGCGGCGAGAGCUUGCACGACCGCGGCGAGAGAAAGGGGCGGGGCACGCACGUGGCCCGAGGAUCGCGCCGCAGCGGUGUGCGCACCGGCGAG